AUGCCAACAACCCUAGUGUCGCGAGCGGGUGUCCAGUUCAAAGACCUGGAGUACUGGAACAGUGCUCUCCUGAUAUCCAUGGCCGCCUCCGCUCUCGUGUGUAGUCCAGUUUUUGGCUACUUGGUCGACCUCUCUGGGACUCGUCAAGGGCCGUACCUCUUUGGCCUCAUACUUCUCUCCGCAUCCAUGGCUAUAUUUACAGUAGCGCAUUCCGUGUUGUGGUACACAAUCGCAAGGGCCCUUCAAGGUGCAGCGACUGCAAUGGUUACAGUGACCGGCCUUGCAAUCGUGACUGACUCGGUGGACAAACGCAACCUUGGACAGAUGAUUGGGUACAUUGGCACCGCGAUGACACUGGGCUUUGUAUCUGGACCACUUUUGGGUGGGAUUGUUUUUAAGACCGGAGGAUUCUAUGCUGUCUUUGGUAUGGCGUUUGGGAUUCUGACCCUCGACUUCUUUCUGCGACUGGCUGUUGUGGAAAAACAAGUUGCGGCUCGAUGGUUGAAUGAGACGGAACGUCCCUUGAUGGCUGGCAGUCCUGUCGGUGGACAGGCACACUACGAGACGGAGCUCAGCAGAAACGCAACUGUCAAGCAUCCCACAUCGAAAGGGACAUUUGCACUCUUCAAGCUGCUAGGACAACCCCGUAUUCUCAUAAGUCUGUGGGCGGUGAUUGUCAGCAACAUCAUAGUAUCUGCCUUUGAUGCGACCCUUACCAUUUUUGUUCAAAAGCUAUUCCACUGGGAAGUCCUUGGAGCCGGCUUGAUAUUCCUUCCAGGGGCCUCGGCAGCUGUUUUACAGCCCUUCUUUGGAUACCUCUCCGAUCGCCUUGGCUCGAGAAUUAUUGCAUUCACCAGCUUCGCCCUGUUAUCCCCGACUCUCAUCUGUCUCCGUUUUGUCAACCAAGAUACCACCCUCCACAUAGCAAUCCUCUGCCUCAUCCUGGCCAGCGUAGGGAUGUGUGUGGACCUGAGCGAGCCGGCUAUCAUGGUUGAGAUCCAGCGUGCUUUGGAUGAUAUGGAGGCCAACGAACCCGGCGUGUUUGGAGAUAAAGGCGCAAUUGCCCAGGCCUUCAGUCUUCAGAGUAUGGCGCACUUUGGCGGACUUGCUAUAGGGCCGAUGGUGGGUGGAUUUGUCUCAUUCCACUUUGGUUGGAAUGUUAUGACUCUUGUCUUGGGUCUUCUUGCGCUGGUUACGGCCGUACCUAUGCUUUGGCUCAGUAGCGUGGUGGAGGAGGGGCGUAACCGAGAUGCAGAGAGACAGCCCUUACUGACAACUUGA